AAUGUUAAUAGUUUAACACAAAAGACCGUGUAGAGUACUUGACCAUAAAAAUGCAAUUGAUCUACGGGUUUACCCCAAAGACCACGUCACGGAAGCCUAGAAAGUAUUUACUGUUUUGGUCAAUACUUAAUUCCACAGCGGAAAGAGAGAGUCAUUCCCCUUUACCUUUACAUGUGUAAAAUCUUUUCUUGUGCUUAUAUAUAAAUUAUUUGUAUUGUUACGCACUUUCUGUGUCAAACCUCGCUGAUAUUUUUCUCCAUGGGGAUGAGUGGAAGGUCCUCCUCCUCCUCCUCCUCCUCCUUGUCUAUGCGGUUUUUAAUUGCAGCUUUUAUUGUUUUUAGCUUAUCCCCUCAAACCAUUUGUAACGCCGCCCGGCAAAAGUGUGCGCCUUCUUCCUGCGGCCAUAUCCGCAAUAUAAGCUACCCUUUUCGACUAAAGGGUGAUCCGCGCCACUGCGGCGACUCAGGAUACACUCUGUCUUGUGAGAACAACAAAACCAUACUAAACAUAUCUUCAUCUGGCGAUUACUACGUACAGGCAAUCAACUACCAUAACCAAACAAUCCGAUUUGUCGAUCCAGGCCUUGACAAGAGCAAUUGCUCCUCCCUUCCUCUUCAUUCUCUGUAUCUUCCUUAUAUGUAUAAUCGGUAUCUUCGUUAUUGGUAUUUCAAAAUUCCGACGACACCUGGGAAUUGUACAGCAUCAUCAGCGACAUGUACGGAAAUUGGCACAACAAAUUUAACAUUUUUCAAGUGUCCGCGUCCAAUGAAUUCAUCUCUUUACGUGGAUGCUGCUCCAUGUUUUCCUGUUCAAUCUGCUUCUACUUCAUCUUCGUCGAUGUCGUCAUCCCAACCAAAAUCGUAUGGCUAUGUCAAGAUUGGA